AUGACCGAAGACCGCAGAAGGGUCUAUCGCAUUGUUUUUGUAUUUGAUGUUGGGAAAAAGACUUGGAAGUUUUAUGACUGGACCAAAGUGACAACGGUUGCAGCUUUUGGAGAAUAUGAUGCUGAGCUCAUGUGUUACGCUCACUCUAAAGGAGCUCGUGUGGUCCUGAAAGGAGAUGUGCCACUCUCAUAUAUUGUGGAUCCAGUAAAUAGGACAGCUUGGAUUCAGGAAAAAGUCCAGUUGGCAAAGAGUCGGUUCAUGGAUGGGAUAAACAUCGACGUUGAGCAGGCAGUGGAGACCGGAUCCCCUGAAUACUAUGCUUUGACAGCCCUUGUCAAGGAAACCACUGAAAGUUUCCACACAGAGAUCCCAGGCUCUCAGGUAUCAUUUGAUGUGGCUUGGUCGCCCAAAUGCAUUGAUAAGCGUUGCUAUGACUACCUUGCCAUUGCAGAUUCAUGCGAUCUCUUGUUUGUUAUGUCCUAUGAUGAGCAAAGCCAGAUCUGGGGUGAUUGUAUUGCCAUGGCAAAUGCCCCGUUCAAUCAGACAUUGACAGCCUAUGAUCAAUACAUCAGCAUGAACAUAGAGCCAAAGAAACUUGUGAUGGGUGUUCCAUGGUAUGGUUAUGACUACAGCUGCCUUAAUUUCACAAAG